AUGCCUCAACUUCCAGUUGCCUACAUUCAAGGAAGAGUCUUUGAAGUACAACAAGCUCAACUCAAUCUGCCUCAUUCGAGUAACCAAGGUCCUGUUCAUUCCCUAUGGCUGCCUCCUUCUGGUUGGAUCAAGAUCAAUGUUGAUGAUUCUGUUCUAACUUCGAAAGGUUUUGUUUGCCAGCCUGCCAGGGGCAUUGUGCGAUCGGAGAAUGAGAAGUGGACUGCUAGUUUUUGGCAUCAAGUAGGCAAUGCUCCUAUUCUCGUUGUGGAAUUAUGGACUAUUUGGUUGGGGUUGCAAUUAGGAUGGAGCAUAGGCUUUCGUAAAAUCUUGGUUGAGUUUGAUUGUGUGGAUGCUAUUCAUAUGAUCAAUUCAGCUAGUGCAAUGAAUCUACAUUUUAAUCUUUGUCAGGCCAUUCGUGAUUGGUUGCCCGUGAUUGGCUUUGUAAACUUUGUCUCAUCUGGCGUAAAGCGAACAAGCGUAGAUUUUCUUGCUAAGAAUGCUUUUCACCAGUUGACUUAG